GAAUUUUAUUUGAAAUCAACAAACAAAGACAUUCUGUUGAUAAAGUAUACUUUACUCCUCAGUUUACAGUUUGGGAAAUUGGGCUGGGGGUGCCAUACACAUGUACAUGUGGAAUAUGGCCGCUGAAAGGACAGUAUUCCGCAUCAGGAAGGCGUUCUUUCGAAGCCUACUGAGGCAGAACAUUGGAUGGAUUGAAAUGAACAACAUAAGUGCUCUGAACACAAGGUUGACGGGGGAUGUUAACCAUAUUCAAAGUGGAAUCGGCGACAGAAUGGCUAACAGCAUAUACUACCUUUCAAGUAGCAUUGCUUUGAUCAUAUACUCCUUCAUUGAAGGAUGGGAAUUGACGCUUGUUAUUUUGUCAGUGUCUCCGUUCAUUGGAGUAUGCUCAUCUAUGCUUUUAAAGGCUCACGCUCUAAUGUCGUCCAAAGAACAAGCAGCCUACGCUAGAGCUGGUUCUAUUGCAGAAGAAGUACUCGGUUCUAUAAAGGCAGUCGUAUCCUACGGUGGACAGCAGAAGGAAAUCGACAGGUACAAAAUCUACGUGAACGAAGCCAAGAAACGUGGAAUCCUAAAAAGCUUUGUGGUUGGAUUCUCGAUGGGCGUGAACAAUUUCUGUGUCUAUUGUCUCUACGCUAUCUCCAUCUGGUACGGGGGUAAAAAAGUGCGAGACGACGACUACGACCUGGGUAAAGUGCUACUGGUGAUGGUUAGCGUCCUUUUGGGCAGCAUGCAUUUGGGGAAAGCGUUGGACAAUAUACAGCAUGUGGCAAGUGCACGCGGAGCUGCUGCCAAGGUGUAUGAAGUCAUUGACAGGGUAUCAGAAAUAGACAGCAGCUCACCCACAGGGGAGAAACCCGCAACUUUAGCCGGCAGAAUACGAUUCAAAAACGUUCACUUCUCGUAUCCUGCGAGGCCCGACGUUACGGUGCUGGACGGACUGACCAUAGAAGCCAAGCCUGGUCAAACAGUAGCGUUGAUCGGCUCGAGUGGUUGUGGGAAAAGCACGUGUGUGCAGCUGCUGCUCCGCUUCUACGACCCGCUGCGUGGACAGGUCUUCCUCGACGAUCACGAUCUAAAAGACCUGAACGUGAAUUGGCUACGUCGACACAUCGGUAUCGUCAGCCAGGAACCAGUACUCUUUGACAAGAGCAUCGGAGAGAACAUUCGCUAUGGCAUGGAAAACGCUACAAUGGAAGAUGUUAUACGCGCGUCCAAGGAAGCCAACGCUUUCUCCUUUAUCAAUGCACUUCCGCAGAAAUUUGAUACGAUGGUGGGCGAGCGGGGAGCUCAACUGAGUGGUGGUCAAAAACAACGUAUAGCCAUCGCCCGGGCGCUUGUCAGCAAUCCCAAGAUCCUUCUGUUGGACGAGGCAACAUCAGCCCUUGAUUUGGAGAGCGAAUCCAUUGUACAGGAAGCUCUUGAUAAGGCUCGAAAAGGAAGAACAACUCUCGUCAUUGCGCAUCGCCUGUCCACUGUGAGGACUGCUGACGUCAUCAUUGGCUUGAAUAAAGGAAAAAGUGUUGAGAUGGGGACCCACGAGGAACUGAUGGAAAAACAAGGAAUCUACUAUGACUUGGUGACGAGCCAGACGGACCUGCCUGAUGAAAAUGAACAAAGUUUGGAUGACCUGAAGAAGAAGGAAAACAAAGUCAAACAGAAAGCAGAUUCAAGUGCUGUCGCCAAAGAUUCUACCAAAGAAACGGAUGAAUAUGAGGACGAUGAAGAUUUGCCGGAUGCCCCAUUUACUCGUCUCUUCAAGAUGAAUAUCAAUGAACUUCACUACAUCAUAAUUGGGUGUUUAUCUAGUGGUAUAAUUGGUGGGAUACAGCCUGCCUUCGGUCUUAUCUUCGCUGAGAUGGUCGAAGCCUUCUCGAAACCGGAUGACGAGAUGAGAGAUGACUUACGUGAUGUCUCACUGCUAUUUGUUGGACUGGGUGUCUUAUACCUAGUCUUUUCCUCUCUCAUGGGCUUUAUGUUCGGGCUGUCCGGAGAAGCUCUCACCUUUCGGAUCAGGACUGCGACUUUCAGAGCUAUGCUGCGGCAGGAAAUGGGAUGGUACGAUAGGCCCGAGAACAAUACUGGUUGCUUGACUACCAGACUGGCAAAUGACGCGUCUUUAGUACAUGGAGCCACAGGAACCCAGAUUGCCUUCAUAAUCCAGCUCCUCUGCAACAUUGGCAUUGGUCUCGUCAUUUCUUUCAUCGUCGGGUGGCAGCUGACCUUAGUGGCACUUGGUGUCAUUCCUUUUGUUACGGCGUCCUUCUAUAUCCAAAUUAAAGUCGCCGCUGGGGACGCAACUGGUCGCACCAAGGCUUUAGAAGCAGCUGGAGCGAUUGCUGUCGAGUGCAUGGAGAACAUACGAACCGUUUCAUGUUUAUGCAGGGAGGAAAUGUUUCUGAAUGCCUACUCGGAUGCACUAGUGGACAUGGUCAAUAGAAGGCACAAAUCAGCUUUGAAAAGCGGUUUUGCCUACGGCAUGGCAAAUGGAGGUGUCUUUUUCACGCUUGGCGUGUUGUUUAUCUAUGGUGGCUAUCUCAUAGAGGUGAAGGAGAUGGACUUCAAAGACGUUGUCAUAGUAUUGGUAUGCAUCCUGUACGGCUCUGCUUAUCUGGGAGAGGGCUCGAGUCUGUUUCCAAGCGUUGGAGCAGCCAAGAUCGCAGCAAGACGGAUUUUCAAACUGACUGAUGCUGUGCCAACCAUAGAUGCCUUCUCAACAGAAGGUGCACAACCUAAGGAGUUCGGCAGCAAUAUAGAGUUUAAAGGUGUCCACUUCUCCUAUCCCACCCGGCCUAGCGUGCCAAUCUUACAAGGACUAAACCUGACCGUGGACCCCGGGCAGACAGUAGCCCUAGUUGGCGCCAGUGGAUGUGGUAAGAGCACUACCAUCAGCCUCCUGGAGAGAUUUUAUGACCCAAAAGAGGGUAGACUGAUUCUCGGAGGUCAUGAUUCUAAAGCCUUGAACAUCCAGUGGCUUCGCAAUCAGAUCGGCAUCGUGUUCCAGGAACCUACCCUUUUUGAUCGGAGCAUAGCAGAAAAUAUCGCCUACGGUGACAACACUCGCAAAGUGGGAAUGGAAGAAAUCAUUCAGGCAGCUAAAAAUGCCAACGUUCAUUCCUUCAUAGAGGCUCUCCCGCUGGGUUAUGAGACAAACGUUGGAGGCCGAGGCACUCAGCUCAGUGGAGGUCAGAAACAGAGAGUGGCGAUAGCAAGGGCGCUUGUCAGAAAUCCCAAGAUUCUUUUGUUGGACGAGGCCACGUCAGCCCUGGAUACAGAAAGUGAAAAGAUCGUCCAAGAAGCUCUGGAUAAAGCCCGACAAGGCCGCACAUGCGUAACCAUCGCUCACCGACUGUCCACGAUCCAGAAUGCUGACAAGAUCAUUGUCUUUGAGCAGGGUGUAGUGGCUGAGGCAGGCACCCAUGCUCAACUCAUGGCCAACAAAGCGCAGUAUUACACACUUCAGUCAAUGAAUGCUGUGUAGUUCAUUUCCAAGCUGAACAGAAAGCAAUAGAUGUUACGUAAAAUAAUCAUAGUCAACUCACUAUUCGAAAUAAGGGCAUUUGACCUAAUUAAAAGACAUUACAGCUCUUGCAAGCCUAAAUGUGUAUUUCUACCAAACAAAUAACAUAUCCAAAAAUGCCGUAUGCCCACCAUGAGUUUCUAGGAGCGAUUGUUUGUAUGGCAUUUUCUGAAUAGAAUACACAAUGUACAGAUAGAAGACGCAGAACACUAUUAUGCCAACAGAUGAACUGCUCAAAAUGUGACACACUCUUGUCUACCAGAAUUGGAGUCAUUGGCUUUAACAGAAGCCACAAGUCAUUUUAACAGUUAUU